GCUAGUAUAUUGCUUAACUAUUCAGAGGCAAAUGUCUGAUCAAUUCAGAUAAGAGGUCUUAACCAUUCAGACUCUGUAUAAUACUUAACCAUUCAGAGGCAAAUCUCUUAACCAUUCAGACAUCUGAACCAUUAAGAGGCUGAAACAAACAGUCUGAACCAUUAAGUGCUGAACCAUUCAGACAUCUGAACCAUUAAGAGGCUGANUUAAGAGCUAGUAUAUUGCUUAACUAUUCAGAGGCAAAUGUCUGAUCAAUUCAGAUAAGAGGUCUUAACCAUUCAGACUCUGUAUAAUACUUAACCAUUCAGAGGCAAAUCUCUUAACCAUUCAGACAUCUGAACCAUUAAGAGGCUGAAACAAACAGUCUGAACCAUUAAGUGCUGAACCAUUCAGACAUCUGAACCAUUAAGAGGCUGAAACAAACAGCCCCUAAAUUAUUCAGAGAUAUUUGAUAUACUUUUUAAUAUUUAGGGGUAAAUUAUGCAAUUUUUAAAAAGUUUGAGAUUACAAUACACUUUUUAAUGUUCAGAGUAAGCCAUACAAUUUAAAAAAAGUUUCUGUUAAAAGAUCACUUACACUAUGUUUGAUUCAAGAAAUUUGGAAAGAAAAAAAAUAACAUUUUCUCAUUUUUUUUUUCUUCUCUUAGUACGACAUUCUCAUUUUUUUUUCUUCCAAAUUUCCUUUUUUACGAAAGAAGAGUUUAAUUUUUUCUCCUUGAAACAACCAUAGGUGCCCAACAGAAGCACCUCCCCGGCUCCCCGUAGAUCCGAAAUUACAUUGGAUGUGAUUUUUUGACCUUCAGUGUGUGUCGAUGGCGGUGGCUAUCAUCUUCAACUGUUAUUGAAGUGCCCCUUUAAUUUCUAGCAGAGAAGGCCCCUGUGGUUUUUGGGGAAGGGACUAAGGGAGUUACUUUUACCGUUUUCAUUUAGUAAGAAAGGGGAUGAAGGUGUUUGUUGGGAGUCCGGGUAGCGUGAGUGGGACGCUAUUGAGGAUUGGGCAAUGCUUGUUUGCAGCUGGCUCUAUUGCGGCCAUGGUUACCGCCUUUGGGUUUUCCAACUUCACUGCUUUCUGCUAUUUGAUCGCAUCGAUGGGUCUUCAAGUGCUGUGGAGCUUUGGACUUGCAUGUCUUGACAUAUAUGCUUUGAAGACAAAGAGAGACAUCUGUAGUCCAGUCUUGGUCAGCCUCUUUGUUGUGGGGGAUUGGGUGACAUCAACAUUAUCACUUGCAGCUGCUUGUUCCUCGUCGGGGAUAGUGGUUUUAUACUCGAGAGAUUUGAAGUUCUGCAACGAUCCAUCCCAACUCCCGUGUGUCAGAUAUGAGCUCGCAGCUGUCUUGGCAUUCAUAGCCUGGUUUCUCAUCGCCAUUUCUUCCCAUAUAAUGUUCUGGAUAUUAGCCUCCGUUUAAUUCGUUUUUCUAUUCAAGUUCACUAUUCUGAUCACGAGAAAUCAUCUGCUUUCUCUCAAUCUUCAACUUACUCUUGGGAUGGCGAUGACUUCUCUCCUGCGGGUGACCAACUAACUGCAUAGAUUGUAUUUUAAAAUUUUAGAUUAAUAUUUAAAUGAAUUGAAUUCAAAAUAGUUUUAAAAAUUAGACCAAUAAAAGCAAGAGUAACUU